AUGUGUUGGGACUGGAAAUUAUCGUCCUGAAAUAAAAUGAAAUAAUAAUAGUCGAUAAUUAUGUUGCCUACUAAAGGCUAUUUUCAAGACAUCGAGUGCCCUUACUAUAAUAGCUUAUGUGGAAGACCAUAUUGCCAUUUUCGACACAAGAAGAAGCCAACGGAAAAUGCUGAUGAUGUUGUAAGUGAAUGUGAAAAAGAAAUAUCAGCGAUUCCUACAUAUAAACCCACCCCAAAAAGUGAACUGGCUAAUAUACAAAACAGUAAAAGUCACAUUCCUAUAAGUUAUGUACCAGAUUUCACAACUGAUCGAAAGUCAAGACCGUUGCCAAAAUUUGAUAAACCUACCUACAAACCUACACCUUUAAGUAUACUUUCGUCAGCUAAUAAGAGACGAAUUUCAGAGGAGAAUGGAGAGAACAUUGAAGCUAUCAAAGAAAUCAAGCAAAACAUUGCAAAUGUUGAAUAUAAUCCUGCAGUAUCAUUACAACCCACAAAGGACAUCGAUUUCGAAGAUUUAUCUACAGAAUUUGACCUUAUUGAUGAAAUUAUAAAUUCUACAGAGAAGAUACAAAAGAAUGCAACUGAAACCGCAAAGAAUGAUAUUGAGGAUGAACUACUAAAUAGCAAUAACGAAGAAAUUACUGUAAAAGAAGGGAAAGAAUCUCAGAGUGAUAUAAAUAUAAAUGAAAACAUUGUCAAGUCGCAACAAAAAGAGGACAAAACAAAAUCAUCUAAAUUAAAUAUUGAAAAGCUUGAGAGACAUGAGAAAUUCAGUGACAAAAAAGAAAAAUAUGAAAAAAACGAAGAAAAACCUGUGAAAGCCAAUAUCACCAAAGAAAAGGAUACUGGUAAGAGUGUGAAAGAAGAUAAAUCUAAACGAAGCAAGAAUGAAAGUAGUGCGAAACAUGAGAAAAGUGAAAAAUCAAGAAAAGGAAAGGAAAGCAAAGAAAAACAUAGAAGUUCGGAAAGAAGUAGUUCAGUUAAAGAAAAAACGAGCAGCUCCAAGGAAAGUAGUAGUAAAGAUAAAAAUAAAACUAAUAACGAUAAAUCACAUAAAAGUGUUUAUAAAGAUAAACAUCGAAAAGAAGAAAAAAAGGGGAAAGAAGAAAAACAUUCUCAUAAUAAAAGUAAACAUAAGAGUAGGGAUUCAAGUACGAGCAGAAGUAAGGAAAAAAGUAGUCACAAAAGUAGGGAAAAGGAAAGAGACAGAAGACCUGAAAAGGAGAAAAAAAUUGAAAAAGAUAAAUACAAAUCAAAGAGUAAACACAAAGUCAAAGAAAAGAGUGACGAUAAAAAAGAAAAAUAUAGUUAUUUAGAAGAAAGUAGUAAUGAAAGUGAUACUCAAGUUUCUAUAAUCAAUGACAUAGAUAACAAUUUUUCCGAUUUAGACUUUGACGACGAAGAUGAAACUAUGUUAGAAUGUUACAAGAUAUUUAACGAGUAUAAACCGCCAGAAAAGCCAGCUCUUGAUCUACAAUUGGAGAAUAAAUUGCUUGAAACUAGUUUGCCUCAACAGACAAUAGACAAUAGUGAUUCUUUGUUCGGCAAAAAACGGAUAGCUCAUUCAAAUAUCGAUAAUAUCGCUACAUAUUCACAACUGCAUCCGCCUAAUAAACCAAAAACUGUGAACACACCCGGCCAAAUGUUAACUAACCGUUAUAAAAUUGCGAAGCUUGCCCAAGCUAAUAGAGAACAAGAAUGUAUAAUUAAUGAAAUCAAACAAACCCCGUUACCCGCAAAAAGGCCGGCGCCUUCCUUAUUAGAAGCUGCACGAGAGCAUAAACUUCGAAGACAACAAAUUCAAAAUAAGCGGGAGGAUGCGACUUGCCUGGUCGACGACAUAAUAAAAGGCGUUGCAAAACCGAAUUCGGCACAAACUAAAGUCACGAUAAAAAAAAUUGCUCCGGCCCAAAACGUAAAACUGAUAGAGAAGGCUAAAGAGAGGAUUUCCAAAAUAAAACAAACCUCCCAAGUGAAAACCGUCGCCCAAACUCAGAAGACCGGCCGAGUCGCUCAUAUACCCGAAGUUUCUCUGUCAGAUAUUCCAGACGUACUUCAGGCAGAGAAAUCCAAAUUACCCGUAAACGUUAGAACACGAUUCUUGACGAUGAUAGCUGACGAAUGUGUGAAACUUUACGUGUCCAGAGACGAAGCCUUUACCAGAGCGUUAAAUGAGGAAUUUUCGUGUUACGAGAAGUGCAAAGUAUUAGCGACUUAUCGGAAUUCGGCCAUGCUGGCUGUGAAUCGUUUGAGGAAAGAGGUGCAGGAGCGGGAUAAACUCGGACUGGGCCUCAUAGGCUUGGGAGAGACUUCUGGUAAAAACACGUCAUCGGAGCUAAGGGGGCGAAGUUUCUACGACAGCGUUAAAAAGUGGAUUCUAUCAGAAGACGAGUUAGAUACCCACGGUUACCCACGUGAGAGUGACGAACAUUACGGUCGUGCUGUGAUAAAAAAUCGUAAGAGUGUAGCGCCUUCGAAUUUAGACGACAAUCAAAAGAGGUGUUCUCGAUGCCAUAAAAAUUACCAAGUGGACGAUGACGGUUGGCCGUUAUUCGAAGAGGAAUGUCUGUAUCACCCUUUAAAGAAAAGGACUAUAAGGGGUGAACAGACGUAUCUGUGCUGUCGGAGUAGCGAUGAUAUGGGGUGCGCCACGUCCGACACUCACGUGUCUGAGGGCUCGGACGAAACGGAACUGUCGGGAUUUCAAAAAACUAUGGACCCCGAAUAUGAGGACGAUCCCAGAAGUUACACCGUUUACGCUUUGGAUUGUGAAAUGUGCUACACGACCAAAGGCUUGGAACUGACGCGUGUAACCAUUGUAGACACUGACUGUAAAACCGUUUACGAGUCCUUGGUCAAGCCGCUCAAUCCGAUAAUAGACUACAACACGAGGUUCUCCGGCAUCACCAAAGAGCAAAUGGAUAAGACCAGCACCAGUAUCCUGCAAAUACAAGCGAACAUUUUACAUUUGUGCAACUCGAGGACGAUAUUGGUAGGUCACAGCUUGGAGUCCGACAUGAAGGCCUUGAAAAUCGUGCACGAGACUGUAAUCGACACGUCGGUCUUGUUUCCGCACAAAAUGGGACUGCCCCACAAGCGAGCAUUGAAGGCGUUGGCUAGUGAGUAUCUACGCAAAAUUAUCCAGAAUGAUAUUAGUGGCCAUGACAGUGCGGAAGAUGCCAUUACUUGCAUGGAACUCAUCAAGUGGAAGCUGAAGGACGAGACUAAGACGCGUGGGUCUAAGUGAAGCUGUACUUGUCGAUAAGCUAAUAACAUAAUAAAUAUGUUUGAUGACGUUUAUUUAUAUAACCCGUAAUUUUAAUUUAUUAGUUGCGUGUUGCUAUAUAGACUUUAUUCUUGAUAAAUUUGAAUAAAGUACAUUUUCUAUUCAUUAAAUUAUUAUUUAGGUAUUAAUUUUUUUGUAAAUGGUAUUGCUUUAUAAGUCUGAUUGUAAAAAUGUACAUAUUGUUGUAUAUAUAUAUAAUUCUGAGAGGUUUAAAUUUGUUCUGA